UCGACCAAGACUCUUUUUGCCGCGCCACCACCGCGACGCCCACGAAUAUACGCUGUUCACCCUCCUUCGAACUCGGACGCUAGUUUCAUAGUCGACUGUGGGAAAUACACGAGGAUAGACAUGCAAUCCAAAUUUACACAAGUUCUACUCAGUUUUGUGCUUGUGUUUACACUCGCCGUUUAUUCAGGUGAAGCCUUAAAAUGCUACGAAUGUAUAGCCGUAGGGUCAGGUACUGACGAGUGUGAGGGUGACAUUGUUGUUAAAUCUGACGACAAAAAUGUCGUCGUGGAUUGUGAUUUAUCAACAAUGAAAGCGUUUCACUCAAAGAUCCAAGAUAAUCCGACAAUGAAUCAGAUUUCAAGUCUUUUCGCGGUUGACACGCCUCAGCAGCAUCGAUCACAAACUAAAAUGCCAAUGUCUUGUCUUAAGCUUCGUCUUAAAGUUGAAGCUGAAAAUGUGAUGGUGAGAACCUGCCAGUCAGCACCAACAGAGACAGUAAAACCUUGUCAAGUAAUGGAAGAAAAAGCCAGAAAAGAUUAUCGUAAUAUUGCAUCAGUAAUAUCAUGUGAUAUUUGUGAAGGCGAUAAAUGCAAUGGCUCUGGUAUUAAAUCGGCAACAUUUAUCGCGAUAUUCCUUCCUCUCGUGGCCUCAACUCUCACAGGUCUCUUUUACCGGAUGGCGUAACGUAUUCAGUGCUCACCAGUAAACCACUAAAAUUUAAAAAAAAAAAAAAAAAUAUAAAGUAAUCAAAAAAUAUGUACAUGAAUGCGGGCAAAGGCUGUUGACAGGAAGUCUGGUCAUUUAAAAAAAUAUAAAAUAUUAUUUCUGAAGUCUGGUUCUUGUCCGCACUCAUGUUCAAUUACCAUGGUUCGUACUUGGCUUUGUACAUCUAAUUGCCGGCAUAUAAUUUUUUCACAUUAUGACGCCUUUAACAAACAGCAUGCGAAACGAGCCUUUGUAACAAUGAUAACAACAAUAAUAUGUUAACUUUAAAAUAAAUAAAGUAAAAAAAAAGUGCUUGCUUCGUUCAUAAAUUUAUUAUCACUAAAAAUUUUUGUUACAAACAAGAUGUCGAAAAUUAUGACGACGUUGUUUACAUAAUCCUGCGUCAUAACAAUCGUUUAAUUCCCUCAAAAAAAAAAAAAAAAAAAACAAUUUUUUUUUGGCCAAGCAGGCUAAGCAAAUACAAAAUUUGCUAAGCAAUUAUUUACAAAAAAAUAUUUUUAAAAUACGUAAUAUUCACAUUUGAAUAAUUUUUCUAUUUAAAGUAUAUUUUCGCACUUAUAUAACUAUUAUACUCCUGCCUUUAUAUUGAUAUUUAUAAAUAUAUAUAAAUACCUUUUUUGUAUUAUUAUUGAUAUAAGUUAAAACUUAUUUAUUAUUACACUAGGUAGACAUUAAAAAUAAAUAAAUAAUUAUCGAAAUCAUUAUCAUCAUCAUCAUCACCAUCAUUGUUAUCGUCAUCGUUAUCGUUAUCAUUAUCAAUAUCAAAUAGCAAACAAUUAUGCUUCCAAAUAAAUUCGCAACACACAGCUUCCAUUAUAUCCUCCGAUAAAAUAAAACUUUCGUUCUUUGUAUUCAAUAAAAAAGUAAAUAAAUAACUAAAAUAAAAAAAAAAUAAAUAUGUUAACAAGUAACUCAAAAAUAUAAAAAUUAGGUAAACAAUUUAUUGAAUACCAAGAAUAAUAAAUAUAUAUAUAUUCAAAAAAUGACAUAAAUACGUGCCUAAAAAAAAGCCUACGCGUUAAAAAAACAUCUUGUGCAAGGAUCGAUGGUACAUAUAUAACAAUUAAUGGAAUAUAAAUAAAGUUUUCAUGUAUAAAUAAAUGAAAGUUACAUAACAAAAUAUAUUAUUGAGUAUAAAAUUUUGAACUCUGAUAAAACUAUAAAUAUAAAGAUUAAAUAAAUAUAAAUAAAUAAAUACAAUUACAAUAUUGUACUGAGUGUACCAAGAGACGAUUGUAUCAAGCAAUAAAAAAUGGUUACCCAUGC